AUCAACUAAUCCGACCAUAAUUGGACGUUUCCGCCAAUUUUAGUCCUGGAUAUCAAUACCUACGCAUGAUGUGCUAUGAAUAGAUACAGUAGAAUAUUUGUGCUAGAUUGAUCCUUUGCGAUGACGAUGAAUCUAACGACAGUCAACGUAACAGUUCUCAGAGUGAUUCCUGAGGAAACAAGACUACCAUUCUUCUGGAUCUACUUAAUAGUUGCUACAUUUGCACUUACAGUUAAUUCAUUCUCUAUCAAAUCUGCAUUACAGAGGAGAGUGAAUAAUCUUCAGAAGGUUUGCUUAGUAAACCUAACCCUUGCUGACAUAUUCUCCAGCACGAUGUUUGCCAUAAUCAAUCUAGAGACAUUGUGCAAAGACCUUAAAACAUGGUCUUUAGGAGAGUUCAUGUGCUACUUCACGCCAGUUGCUCAAGCAUUAGGAACAACGACCAGUGCCUUUACGCUUCUGUUGAUAGCAUUAGAUAGAUACCGAAGUGUUAGUGCUGUGAUGGAAAGGAAAUUGAACCUUGAAUUAUGGAAGUGCAUUUCUUUAAACGUGGGGAUAUGGAUCCUUUGUACAGCAAUAUCACUUCCGUUAUCUUCUUUCUACAACUACGCACCAAUUAAAGUGAUUUUCCCCAGCAAAUCAGAACCAAUAUUUCAAUAUAGCGCUAUGUGUGUUGCCAUUCGCAGAAGCCGUCUGACAUCUUAUUACGUUGUCAUCACCUGGAUGGUAUUUCUACCCAUUCUGAUUUUUUUCGCCUGGUUUUACUGUAACGUCGCUCUCAAAAUUUGGCACUACCGUAAACCAACAUCUACCGUGGAAGGAACCAAUGAGCGUUCAUCCUACUCUACUAACACGGGCAGCACAAGGAUUCCCAAGACCAGGGAAGACGUUCGAGUAGAGAAGAAAGUGAAAACUAUGAAAAUUGUUAUCGGCCUCAUGGUUUGCUUCAUAUUAUGCCGGUUGCCAUAUUACCUAUUCACUACUUUUUUACUGAUCAAAGUUUCUGGAUCUAAAAGCGCUUGGAAUGCAUACUUUGCACUAAAUUGUUUACUGCUGCUCAAUUGUGCCUUAAACCCGUUGAUGUACAUUUAUUUACACCAGACGCUUCGAUUUCUUGUUUUCAUAAAAGAUUUGAUCAAGAGAUGCAUCAUGUGGUGCUGCUUCACUACAGACCUGGAAGAAUUUCAAAAGGAUAAUCCGUUCCCUUUUGAGAAUUAUGAGUGGAAAAAAUAUUAGAAAUGUAAUUUAUAUAAUAUUGAACAAAAAAUAAAUGUAAUUGACGAACACUAUCAGUAUGCCUCAACCAUGUGUGGAUCGAGUACUGCUUGUGUGGACCUCCAAUUGUUCAGUAAAAUUGUCUAUGUUCAAACUGAAUACAGAGAUAUGAUACUAAGACUCCAAGAUUUCUCGACCAAAUAAAACCACAUAUGUAUAAAUUACAUUUUACUGAUUUUUACUACCACUUUCGGUAAAUUUAUUUGUAUUCCA